UCACAUUGAGAAAGUGGGUUAGUAGCAAGCAACGAUCCGGGUUAUUUAAUCCAACAAUUCCCUCUAAGCUCGGUGUGAUACUGUGGGAAGGCAGCCAUCCUGCAUAGCCGUCCGCCCCAAGGGAGCAGCGUUAUGAAUCUCGGUGCCAGUCGAUAGCUUUAUUCCUGUUGAAUAGUGAUUCAGGGAGGGCCAAAAUCACCCCCCAGCCAAAUCCGCGCACGGUUCCGUGUAACAAGCCGUGUUGGUUGGAGUUCUGUUGGGACGUUUCGUUUACAAUUCAAGUGACAAAUGUAGGUGAAAACCACGUGAUUUCUCAGGAUUAAACAUACAGCGCCUAACCCAGGAGAUAUGCGUGCGAUCUCCUGGGCAAGGAGGCUGUUUCCCCUAGGGCAGUCAGGAGUUUGAGAGCUGUUGUACAGGUGCCACUCUCACCUAACUUCUCUGGGGCCCAGCCCCACUGCAUGCUGGUGUGCUCGCUACCAGCCAUGUGCUGGAGCUUAAACCCUACGUGCACGAAGGGGGGUAGCAGCAGCCCUCUGCUGGUAAGUUGGAAGAGAAGAGCAAACCCCGAAGGAUGGUGGUUGUGACUCUCGGUUGGUUCCGCCGCCGGAAGCUGGGCUGGGGUAAUACCCAGUGCUUUUAGCACUGACUCGGAAGGUCUUGCUGGCUCCUAGAGGUUACUUGCUGGCAGGUGUCAAAGCUUAGCGGCUGUCUGUGGCUAAACUCCUACCCUUCCUUGGCCAGCUGGGAGGGUGGGGGAAACACAAUCCUCUCUCCGGGCAUGAUGGCAUCAGGUGGCCAGAGACUGCUGGACAGGAGCGGCAAGGCCAGGCAAGCAAAGGGUGGCCUGGCUGCCUUCUCCCCUUUGGAAGCCCCUCAGUAAAUCCUCACCCGAGAUCACAGAAUCACCAAAAGGGCUUGAUUAGGUCCCCCUUAUGCAAAUGAGAGCCUACCCACUGCAGACAUUGCAGGCCCCAAAUCCAAGAGUCUGUCCAGGCAGUCAGCAGGUCCCCAGGUAUUUUGAGGUUCUGGAAACAUGGAUCAGGCGACCGGCCUACGACAGUCAACUCCUGAGUCAUUUAAACUGUAAAGCCAGCAGAGAGCUGACCCUGAAAUGCUGGGCAGUCCCGGCUCACGCUCGCUCAGCCGUGCACAGAGAGCGACGUGGCGUACACCUUCCCCCAUCCCUUAGUACGCAGCAGCUCAGCUUUGAGCAGAGUUGUUUGCUCUGCGGAAUCCAGCGACGGGUUAGUCUCUAACUCGGAGCAGGAAGUCCUGUCCUCCUCAGCUCCCAAUCCGGAGCUGCCAUCUUUACCUGCAGGGAGCUCCUUAGCCUGCCUGCCUGCGCAGGUGCCUUGUCUGCUCAGGGCAUGGAGGUGUCGUCUCGCCCGCCCCGGAGCUGGCACCAUGACCUUGACCAAGGGCUCCUUCACCUACUCAAGCGGGGAGGAGUACUGCGGGGAGUGGAAGGAAGGCCGCAGGCACGGCGUUGGCCAGCUAACAUUUGCGGAUGGCAGCACCUACCUGGGUCACUUUGAGAACGGGCUGUUCCAUGGCUGCGGAGUGCUCACCUUCUCCGAUGGCUCCAGGUACGAGGGGGAGUUUGUGCAGGGGAAGUUCAAUGGCGUCGGAGUUUUCACGCGCUACGACUCAAUGACCUUCGAGGGCGAGUUCAAGAGCGGGCGUGUGGACGGCUUCGGGCUCCUGACCUUCCCCGACGGCUCCCAUGGGGUGCCCCGCAGCGAAGGCUUCUUUGAGAACAACAAGCUGCUGCGGCGGGAGAAGUGCCCGGCCGUGAUCCAGAGAGCUCAAAGUGCCUCCAAGUCCGCACACAACCUCCCAGCGUGACCCUCCGCCACGGGACUCCACUGCCGCUGGCCGGCCUGGCCUCCAAGAGCCUGCGGGGCAGGAGCUGCGGUGCCCAGCCAGGCCGGGUAGGGGUGUUGGCAGAGCCAUGGCUGGCUGUGUCCCUCCUGCUGGUUACAGCACUUCCUCCGAGUGCCCGGGUCCUGGGGGCUCUGAGUGCUGCCCCCCGCCCAGGGGGAGACAGGAGACCCCCUUCUCUGGGGCUCUGCUCACUGCCUUGGGACCCUCCAUACAGACACCUGGGCCCAGCCCCUGCAGCCAGCCCUGCUGCUGGGCUGUGUGGGGCAGUGGAGGGGGCAAUCUGCCAGGGCCUUGGAGCCCGUGGUUAGCAGGGGAUGCAGCUGGGAGCUGCUGCACCUGCUUCCCCAAAGCCAGGCAUGACGGGCAGGGGGGUAGUGCCCAGUCGGUGCCCCCCAAGCUCAGCGGGAAUAGUGCCCCUCCCCAGCAGGGUGCUGACACAGGCCUGACUUCGCUAGUGGGAUGUGGCCGUGGCAGGGAGCUGGUAUCUCCCUGCCCCUUGUUCUGAUGCUGGGGGCAGGGCAAGGCUCCCCCCUUCCCUUGCUGUGGGUGUCCUGGCCCCAUGGCCCGUGCCUCCCCCUCAGCUCUCCCAGGGGCAUCUGGCCUGAGCAGGCCCACGGCUCCUCUCAGCCGUGCCCUGGACAGCGAGACUUGGGGGGGCUGUCCGGUCUCUAUUGCCUGUCAGUGCCUUGGCACAGGGUUGGGUCAAGGCUGUGAGCGCUGAAGGGCUCCGGGGGCGCUGUGAGUCUGCACCGCCCGCGCUCACGCUGUCCCUUCAACAGUCUCCCUUCAGCCCUAGUGAGCACUGGGGCCUGCUGCAGCCUGGUGAGUGCCGGUGUCUGGGGGGCCGCAGGGCAGGGGCAGGGCUGGGCUGCAGCCCUAGAGGGCUAGAAGAGCAGGGGCUGAAGGACAUCAGCAGUGUGAGGUGGGGGGAGCCAGGGCUGGGCUCAUGGGGCAGCGGGCAGGAUGGGGGCCACCAGCGGAGCUGCACACGGGACUCCCCCCUUCCCCACUACUGCUUGUCUCUGGUGUCGGUUCUGCUGGGAGCAGUAGCCGUCACUCCUGAUGCUGGUGCAGGGAGCCCAGGGCUUGGCCCGGCUGGGGGGGGCGGG